AAGCACUGCAGACGACUUUUAUGAUAGAUCAUAAACAGAUUCCGUAGCGGCGAAAACAUGGAUAUUUCCUCGCAUUUUAGAAUUUCUGACCACAUUGACGGGAUUUGAAUCAACAAUCAACAUAUUGUGUCAGUCAUCAUUUAAAAGAAGUUCUUUCCGACAAGAAUUGAAUUUUUCAAGAAACCAGCCAUUAUGCUUCCGAUAGUUUACUUACUUCUCUUAUGCUGCUGUACUUCUCUCAGUCAUGGCCAAAUGCUUAAUUUCCGAGAUAUUGUAGUCGUUGUUAUGAGUCAACCAGAUUCUCAUGACACAUCACUUGCAGAGAGUCUCCGAGAAGAUAUACACAAACAAGCAGAAUCUCACAACCAGGCACCACCUCCUGUCCACUUUGCCCACACCGAUUUCACUCAUCCGGGUGCAUGGACAAUAGUUCCAAUUUUACCACAAUUAGAUGCCUUAUAUGGUAGAAACAGUUCAUAUGUGCUAUUCUGCCAGAGUUCUACUCAUGUUGAUCUACAAAAGCUGGUGAAAAUACUUCAAAAGUUUGUUCCAAAGCAGGAAAAAUGGUAUGGUCAUGCUCUAAGAGAUCGUGAGCCCACAAUUAUCCAUCAUUUUGCAUUUCCAAAGAAUCCUAGUAUCUUUAAGUACCCCAAUCUUGCAUCAGGAGUUGUCAUGACUAAGACAUUGAUAAGAAAAUUGGCUCAUCGGUUGAGGGAAGGUGAUUUUCCCCGAAACCCUGACUUUUCUAUUGAUGCAGCAUAUGAACUAGCUCUUUACAUUUGGCAGGAAGGAAAAGGCCCAGAGCUAACUCACUUAGAUGCAAUAUGUGCCAAACCUGGCCCCCAUUGUGCUACAAAACCAAGAAUUUUUUCACCUUGUGGCAAUCCAGUUCAAACUAAAGAUAUAUAUCUUGCUGUGAAAACAUGUUCGAAAUUCCAUGAUGAGAGGUUACCCAUUGUAAAAUCAACUUGGGGCAAAUAUGCAUCUCGAAUUAAUUUUUUCAGUGAUGUAGAAGAUUUGAAGUUGGGCACAAUCAGCCUUGGAGUCCCAAAUACAGAGCGUGGUCACUGUGGAAAAACAUUGGCUGUGUUGGGUUAUGCUGCAACCCAAUACAUUAUUGAUCCAACCAUUAAAUGGUUGGUCAUUGCUGAUGAUGAUACAAUUUUGAGUGUCUCCCGAUUACGCCAAUUUCUCUCCUGCUAUGAUCCUUCCUUGAAGGUUGCCUUGGGUGAAAGAUAUGGAUAUAGUGUUGUUCUACCCAGAGAAAUAGGGGGCUACAACUAUAUUACUGGUGGUGGAGGUAUUGUUCUUAGCAUGCCACUCGUGCAAGAGUUGGCCAAACGUGGCAGUUGUACUUGCCCAUCUGACUCGACUCCGGAUGAUAUGUACCUAGGCAUUUGUCUUGCAAAUUUGGAUAUCCCUAUAAUACAUUCCCCACAUUUUCAUCAGGCAAGACCAUCAGACUAUGCCAAAAAUUACUUAUUAUCUCAGAAACCAGUCUCUUUUCACAAACACUGGAUGGUAGAUCCUGUAAAAGUUUAUCAAGAAUGGUUUGAAAUUGAUGAUCUUUCAUUAUCUCCAAACCAUAAAAAUGAAGAUCAUGAUGAGCUAUAAUAUACUGUUUAUAGACAGGGUUUUUGUCUUUUAAACAUAUUAUCAUUUAGGUGUAUGACAUUAUUUCCAUCAAUAUGUAAUAUAUUUCAUAACCAUCUGUACAUAUAAGACUAGUCAAGUAUUUUGUUAGACUAGGUGUGGUUGGCGAGAGCUUUUUGAGUUCAAGUUUUGCUCGUUACCCAAAGCAUUUAUCUUCUUUGACUGAUUUAGAUUAUAUAUUUUACUUUACAUUUUGUUUACCAAGCUUGCAAUUAUGUACUUUGAAGAUCUCAUUUCAGGGUGUGAUGUAAAGAAAGGAAACUCUUUUAACACCUAGCUAGAACUCAUAAUUUAUUUUUUCAAAAAUAACAUAUCAUUCUACAUUACAAAAUACCUUUGUUUUUACUUACAGUCUAUUUAAUCUUUGGAAUCUUUGGAAUCUGGUCAAAGAUCUUUUCUCAAAUGUUGUAUUUCUGCUAAAAAGGGCAGAAUAAGCUUUCUUUUUUAUUAAGUUUUGUUAAGCAUUUUAUUUUUGAUCAUAUCUAAGACAUCUUUAUUAUGUUUGGAGGGGCUAUAGUGUCGUCCAUGACAUAAUUGGCUGUGAAUUGCCUUAUGGAAAAGUGAUGAUUGAAUAAUUGUAAGGAUGUUUGAACGUUUUGUUAUUUCAGGCAGUGGAAAUUGUUUUUCUUUGUCUGCCACAUUCAGAUUAGCAUAUAUAAACUGGAGCAAUACA